GGGCUGCGAGGUCUACGUAUGAUCGGAAGCUCGUUCGGGAGCUCAGUCUUCUCCAGAUCAUCCUUUGAUCGACAAUCGCUUUCGUCUGGAAGAUGGAGGUUUUCGUACUGUUGUUUCUGCUGCUGAGCGCCGGUUCAUCAUCACCGAUCAAAAAUUACUCAUGUGAGAAAUCUCACGGAAAUUGUGUUCUAAACAAUGUUAUCUUGGAGACUGAAUCCGAUCUAGAACAAGUUGAGUUUCCGGACAUCACCGAUCCUCUCACGAUUGCAACAGGAAAAAUUCCUCAUUUUACGCGAAUGCUUAUCGACAAACUGCCGGGCAUAAAGGACUUGACCAUCAACCGCCUGGAGGUGGAAACCGUCUACGUUAAACCGGAAAUGACACAUCUCGAGGCCGUCGGGAAUCAAAUUCGUCUUUUGGAAGUUGAUAAUGACAAGGAUAAAGCCUACCAAAUGCUGACGCUAGAUCUGUCCAGUAAUAAUCUUGAAGACUUAAGUGUCCUGUCCAGAUUUAGACAACUUCGCCGGCUCACGCUGAAUGGUAACAAGUUCGACACUCUGUCAAUGGAUUUAUUCGAAGGAAUGUCCGAAUUGAGGCAACUCUCGCUGGAUAACAACAACAUGUACAGGUUUGACACGAGUAAAAAAAUACAUUUGCCUAAAUUGCAGACCUUUUCUCUAGCUGGCAAUGGAUUGAUCGAGUUACACGUCACCAUGUGGGAUUUUCCGUCAUUGAAAGAAUUGGAUGUAUCAAACAACAAACUUUACUUUUUAGAAGGAAGUCUGGAUCAGUUCAAAUCACUCGAAAGUGUCAAAAUAUCCGGAAACUACUGGAAGUGUGAUUUUGUGGACGCGAUUCUUCUGAAGACAAUCAAAUUAGACGAGGAUGAGCCAAAUCGUUGUAAGGAGAGCAGUUUGAUAGAUGUGCAGCGAAUUUGUUGCACUUACGAUGCGUUCAGUAUCUUGAGUUUCGCAAAGGAUGAUCUAGGUCUGUUCGACGAUAAGUGGGAGGACCUGCGCAACCUGCAAAAAGAUUUCCAGGGAUUCAAAGACGAAACGGAACGUAAGCUGGUGAGAAUAGGAGAACUCGGUGAGGAGCGAUCACUGAUCGAGCGCAUCGAAGAGAUUAAGUCAAAUCAAGAGCAGAUACUGAAAAGGCUGGACAGUUCUGCUGGCAUGCUUGAGAUCGAACAGUUACGCUCAGACAUAACAGAUCAUAAAAGCACAAUGGAUGAUAAAUAUUCAGGUUUGGGAAGGCAGCUGGAUAGUUUCGUUGAACCAUUUAAUGAAUUACGUAGCGAUGUGAAUGAGAAACUUGCCAAAUACGAAGAAAUACCGGAAAAGCUUCUACCAUUGGAACAACUGAUAAACGAUCAAGGAGCAUUGCAGAAAAGCACAAUUGUAUUGCAAAAGGCGGUCCAAGAUAUGGAGAAGCAGCAAUUGCUGUAUCAUUUAUCAAUCGCUGCUCUAAGAAAUCAGAUUGGAUCGCAAGUUUCGGAAUUGAAAGCCGAAAUUGACAAAUUUACCAAGCGAAAUGAAAAGCUCGACACUCAAAUUGAUCGAAUAAUGUUUAAUGUAAACACGAUUUUUGAGAUGUUGGAAUCCAUAUCCGAAGAUUGAAGAUCUAAUAAAAUCACAACUCCUUGUUGCACCAUUCUUCUA